AUUUGGGCUGAUGUUGCUUGGUCAUGCGCUGCUUUCAUCUUUCAGGUGACAUCUUUUCCAGGAGGACCUGUUCACAGCCUCUGUACAUCCUCCACUCAUGAACACCCAGAACAUGGAAGAUUAGUUUACAAGGGAAAUAUGGCAAAGGCAGUGUUAGGUGUGAGGUUUUUCUCGUAUUCCACCAGCAUAUUCAACCUGCUGAUGGUGCCCUACAUCAUGCUGAGGACGGGCAUUGGGUCUGACAGCCUGGCCUUGCAGGCUGCCUUCUACGGGCUGGCGGGGAUCUUCACCUUCGUCACGCCCGUCACCCUGCACCUCCUCACCAAGGGCUACGUGCUCCGGCUCUACUACAGAGAGGACAUGGACACCUACACAGCCAUUACAUACAACGCUGUCCUGGCAGAAAAGGCAACUGUCUUCCACCAGAGAGAUGUAAAGAUUCCAGACAUCACCAAGAUGUUUACGACAUUUUAUGCUAAAACAAAGUCAAUGCUGGUUAAUCCGACGCUUUUCCCAAAUCCUCAGGACUAUAACCAUCUCAUGGGCUAUGACAAACACUCUUAUUUUUACUUAGAGGAGAAGAAGGAAGCUGGUGAAAAGAAAUAA